CGGAACAAGCGCCGAGCUGAUUCUAGUGAAACCUGCCUCUUUAAGAAGACGCUCUCCUGUUGCACUGGGAGGUUGGCCGGUGUUUUUCCACACAUGGUCACCCAUUUUAAGAGACAAAGGUCAGAAAGAAAACCUUAUAAAUAACAUUUACCGCCGUAAGUCUCACUAUUCAACACGCCGUCCACCGUACUACACUGAAGGGACUGAUCAAUUCUAAAGGAAUAAAAUCAAUUCAAGCCAAUACAGCAUGGCACAGAAAGAGAAGCUCCAGUGUCUGAAGGACUUCCAUAAGGACACGCUGAAGCCUUCCCCAGGGAAGAGCCCGGGUACCCGGCCCGAGGACGAGGCAGAGGGGAAGCCCGUUCAGAGGGAGAAGUGGAACUCCAAGCUUGACUUUAUCCUGUCCGUCGCUGGGGGCUUCGUGGGUUUAGGGAACGUCUGGCGUUUCCCAUACCUCUGCUAUAAGAAUGGCGGAGGUGCAUUUCUCAUCCCGUACUUCAUCUUCCUCUUUGGCGGAGGUCUUCCUGUGUUUUUCCUGGAGGUGGCCCUCGGACAGUACACCUCCGAGGGUGGAAUCACCUGCUGGGAAAAACUUUGCCCCAUCUUUACUGGUAUCGGCUACGCUUCGAUUGUGAUCGUGUCCCUCCUGAACAUCUACUACAUAGUGAUUCUGGCCUGGGGUUUGUACUACCUGUUCCAGUGCUUCCAGCCGGAGCUGCCCUGGGCCAAGUGUAAGAACUCCUGGAACACAGACCGCUGUGUGGAGGACACCGUCCGUAAGAACAAGACCCUGAUGCUGGCCGCUAACAUCACCAACUUCACCUCGCCCGUCACCGAGUUCUGGGAACGUAACGUCCUUAGCAUCUCCAGUGGCAUCGAUGAAAUCGGGGAGGUCAAGUGGGACCUGGCUCUGUGUCUGCUGGGGGUCUGGGUCAUCUGUUUCUUCUGUAUCUGGAAAGGAGUCAAAUCCACUGGGAAGGUUGUGUACGUCACUGCUACCUUCCCCUUCGUCAUGCUGAUCAUUCUGUUGAUCCGCGGCGUCACUCUGCCAGGAGCAUCUGAAGGAAUCAAGUUCUACCUGUACCCAGACCUGCAACGUCUCAAAGACCCCGAGGUUUGGAUCGAUGCAGGCACUCAGAUCUUCUUCUCCUAUGCCAUCUGUCUGGGAGCUAUGACGUCACUGGGGAGCUACAACAAAUACAAAUACAACUGCUAUAGGGACUGUUUGCUGCUGGGAGGCCUCAACAGCGGUACCAGUUUUGUGUCUGGCUUCGCAAUAUUUUCCGUCCUGGGCUUCAUGGCACAAGAGCAAGGGGUGGACAUUGCCGAUGUGGCAGAGUCAGGUCCUGGCUUGGCCUUCAUUGCCUAUCCUAAAGCUGUGUCUAUGAUGCCGCUGCCAACCUUCUGGGCUAUUCUCUUCUUCAUCAUGCUUCUGCUACUGGGUCUCGACAGUCAGUUUGUGGAAGUGGAAGGACAGAUCACCUCCUUGGUGGAUCUGUAUCCCUCCUUCCUAAGGAAGGGUUACCGUCGGGAACUUUUUAUAGCUACAGUGUGCUCCAUAAGCUAUCUUCUGGGACUUACCAUGGUUACUAGGGGUGGCAUGUAUGUAUUUCAGCUCUUUGACUACUAUGCAGCCAGCGGUGUGUGCCUUUUGUGGGUUGCAUUCUUUGAAUGUAUUGCUGUAGCCUGGGUUUAUGGCGUUGAUAAUUUCUAUGAUGCGAUUGAAGACAUGAUUGGCUACAGACCAAAUGCCUGGAUGAAAUGGAGCUGGUCUUUUAUCACACCUCUUCUUUGUGUGGGUUGCUUUGUCUUCUCCUUGGUCAAAUACAAACCUUUGACGUACAACAAGGUCUACGAGUACCCCGACUGGUCCAUCGGCGUGGGCUGGACUCUGGCCCUGGCUUCUAUGAUCUGUAUUCCUAUGGUGGUGGUCAUCAAGAUCAUCCAGUCCGAUGGACCACUCAUAGAGAGGAUCAAGGCUGUGGCAGCUCCGCUGGGAGGUGCUAGCUCCCGUCCAGUCGACCACCGUCCCAAGGGCAUGUCCGCCGAGCUGGCCUACCCCCUGGACCCUAACGGGAACAACGGCCUGAUCAAGCCCACCCACACUAUUGUAGAAACUAUGAUGUGAGCGCUCUCUGUGAGAGGAACGAAUUUUAAAAAAAGAAAAAAAAAAAGAGAAAAAAAGAAAUGACCCGCUUUCUAUGUUAUUAUACUAUAUUAUCACUAAACUAGUUAUAGGACCAGGUUUACAUUGCUAUGUAUCUGCACUAGGAGUCUUCUUCUUGUUUUUGUUUUCUACAGAGGAAGUUACAUUAUUGGUUUCCUGUCUUAUGUUUUUAAUAUUUUUUUAUUAAACUAUUGUUAUUAAUAUUACUGUUAUUACGAUUCAUGUAGUUAGAAGGAAAUGUAGAUUUCCAUGCCACUUGGAGCAAGCAGAAUCAGUACAUGGUCCAUUUGUACUUCUUCUUCUUCUUCUUCUUCUUCUUCUUUCCCGUAGAACUAUAAGCGGUCGUCUCUAUUUUAGGAAUCUUUUCUUCUUCUUCUUCUUUUUUUUUUUACAGAGAAGAAAAUACAUAAUAGAAAAAAGGGGCGUAUAAAACCGUAAGAACUAAAUGUGUGUCAUGUUUUUGAGCAGUAACAUUGGACUAUGUCCUGUUUGUAUCUCCUGUUUGUAUCUAGAUCAACCUAGCCCCUCUCUCUUCUCAGCUUAACUAAUGUCUAUAGUACGAUAAUAUCGUGGAGGUGGUGCCCCCCGCUUUGUAUACAGUGAGAUUAGUCGAGUGUUGUUCGUCGUCGAUGUUUGUUGUAAAAUUACAACUGAACCUGAACGUGCCUCCACUACUAGGCAGCGUUCAUGGUCCAGAGCUUCUCAUCUACAGUUGCUAAAAAGUUAGGGUUUUAAAAUCCUGCCCCAGUCUGCAAUACUGGUUUUUGACACACCUAUUUGCUAGAAGGUACUUGAGCACCUUGCAGUAAUUGUUCUGUCUGUAUAAAUAACACUGCAGUACAACCUAGCUUUUUAGUGCUGGCAACUGUACCUGGCCCUGACUGUGGAGGUACAAACCUGUCCUCCUUGUACAGUGUCUAGUGUACAUACAUACAGGCAGCCCAACUCCAUGUUAAAGUAGACUAUACUAUGCUGGUGAAGGACACUACUGCUACAUGCCAUCCAUCCCAGUGCAUACAGUAGCUACAUCAUACGUCUUUCAAGUCUGUGAUUUAAUUAUCUGCACUAAGUAACGAAGUGAGUUUUUUUCCUUUAUUCUUAGUGUUUUAGUCUGUUGUUGUAUCGCUGGCUAUAGAUAGAGGACAUGACAUAGUGGCAAGUUAAUACCAAGCACAACAUCACACUAUAUAAUGCAUAAAGCAUCUCUUGAGUCUGUCUCUCUAAUGGAUUGACAGGAGCAUAAAGGACCUGCCACAAUAACUUUACGCAUUAAUGUAAACUCCCCAUACAGUAAAUAUGGAUCAUAAAUCGCAAAUAUUGAUUAAGGAACCAUUCAAAAUACAAGCAGACUGCUUCUCAAUCACAUCGAUCAGAUCUUUCUAUUGAAUUUCUGCUGGCUAGGUCAGUGUACGUUCUGAUGUGAUGAUAAUACAUAUGGUAAUUUGAUUAAUAUACUAACUUAUACUAUCCACUUCCUCCAGCCUUUUCACACUCCCUGUCUAUCGGUCGUCAUAUCUUAGUUUAGUUUUAAAUAUUAUAUUAGUACAGCUUUUCAAAGAGGCAGAAACAAUUCAAACAAAAGCCUUGUUGGAAUUUGAAGAGUUUAUGAUAAAACAAUGCAAAGAUAUUCUUAGAAUGGAAUGUUGAAAUGUGAAACCCCAUGUUGUGAAACGGAAGCUUCGCUUAAUUCUAUUGAUUCUAUUCCAUAAACAUUUGAAAAAUCUUCUUUUUUUUCCCCCCUGGGGGGUAUAAAUUCAGAACGUUUAGUUUAUUGUACUUUGAUUGUUUUUCAAUCACGUUUUUGCCUUUUUGUAAUUCAAAAUGUAAAAUGACCACCCCGUCUCCAGUUACUAAUACUUCCUGAGGAUGAAUCGUCAUUUAACAACACUGUUAAUCAACAAAACUGCAAUUUGUAAUGUGCAAUACUUCGUAGAAAGAUAAGUAUUUUAUAACUCUGUUUUUCAAAUAGGUGGUACUUUUAACUUUGUAGAGAGAAAUAAAAAUAUAAAAAACUUGCUUAAACAAUGCAAGAGACAAAAUUACGACAAUUUCAGGGGCCAAUGAAAACCUACCACAAAAUCUUAUGCCAUAAUAUCAACAAAGAAACAACGUUCAAUGCAGUAGUAUCGCUUUCUGUCAUAACACACAGAAUUUGAUUCAUUUUUAUCAAAAAUAUUACACGUUUUAAAAUAUCUGGAGUUGCAAUGAAAAGUUAUCCUGCCAUUUUAUAAUGACUAUCUCAAAUCUGAUUUGGUAGUCGGAAUUGGCCUGUGAGGUAUAGGUGACAUUCUGAAAUGAUGCUGCCGCCAAACAUAAGCCUGUCUUAUCUACCGUAGUGCUGUUUGUUUGUACAGAAGAUGUAUUAUGUCGCACAGAAACGAACCGCUAGUUGUUAGCUAGCUAGAUACCUGAAACAAACCGCUAGUUGUUAGCUAGCUAGAUACCUGAAACAAACCGCUAGUUGUUAGCUAGCUAGGUACCUGUAACAAACCGCUAGUUGUUAGCUAGCUAGAUACCUGAAACAAACCGCUAGUUGUUAGCUAGCUAGAUACCUGAAACAAACCGCUAGUUGUUAGCUAGCUAGGUACCUGUAACAAACCGCUAGUUGUUAGCUAGCUAGAUACCUGUAACAAACCGCUAGUUGUUAGCUAGCUUGGUACCUGUAAAAAAAAAAAAAUGCUAGUAGUUAGCGAGCUAGGUACCUUACAGGUGUUGUAUCAAAGAAGCUUACUGAAAAACCAAAUGAGAAUACAUUAUUACAGUGAAGAUAUUGACACCCAGUCCCAUCGCUGGAGAUUGGAGAAGUCUCUGCUUGUGUCCUAAAAUGGCACCCUAUUCCCUACAUAGUGAACUAAUUUUGACAUAGGUCUCUGGUCAAAAGUAGUGCGCUAUAUAGGGAAUAGGGUGCCAUUUGGAUCGCAUUCUCCAUUUCCAUUGAGAUUAGCUGUCUAUAAUCAGACAGGCUACUGAUCCCUACAGAUAGAAAACAAAAUGUUAAAGUUAUUUAACUCUCCUGCCUCGUACAUUACAUGUCAUUACAUACCAGCCCAUCCUUUUUUAAGAAUGUACAAGGGGAAAUGUUUUUAAUCCAUGAAGAAGAAACAUUUUUCAAAUACAAUUUGAAAGAUUUUAUUUUUUAUUUCUAUGGCGCUAAAUAACCUGUAAAACAAAAAUGUGUGUUUAAAACAGGGUUUUACUGAGAAAAACAUUAAACCUUUUUAUUUCUUAAUAAAAAAAAAAAACAUUUUUGGAAAAAAGCUUUUUGCUUUUCUCAUGUGUAGUGUCCUUUAGUGAGUCUAUAGGCCACAGAAUAAAGCAGGGAUCUUGCACUUUAGUCACUCGACAUUCACGACCCCAAUAAUAAUAACUGAUUGGAUUUACAGAGCGCUUUACAAAGUAAGGGGGAAGCUCACCUCAUCCACCACCAAUGUGUAGCCAUGGCAGCCAUUUUGAAAAAUAAAUCCCACCACACAACAGCUCUCAUGGUGGAGAGGUGAGGAAGACCCAUUGCUGGGAGUAUGGACCCAGUGCUCCCUCCCAACCCCCCCUAAAGCAGCUACAUCACAGGCUUAUCCAGGGCAGUUUAGCCUCUUGUCCCCUAUGACCCCACAACAAUGUUGGUUCCAAGGCAGACUAUUUAAAUUCUGCACAUAGGCUACUGUAUGACUUAAGACAUAUAGUUAGUAGUACACAUUCAGCAUUGUGAUGUAGUGUCACAAGAGGGUUGAUGCAUAUUUAAAAGGGCCUUUUGAAUCAAGGUAAAUCCCAUUGAAAUAUACCUAUCAUCAAAUUGACUGUAACCAUGAAAAUUAAGGAUGCCUGCAGAUUUGUUAGCGUUUAAAGUUUAAAAUUGACCUCGCACAUUUUAUAUAAAGACUCAUACAAUUUGGUAGGCCAUAACUGUCAUACUAGUGCAGAGGGUAUGGUCAAAUAGAAAAGGCAGAAGUGAUAACUAGUUAUUUUCCAACCAUGAAACAAAAUCAUGGUUACAAACUAAAUCUUAAUUUGGAUAAAUGUUACAUAUUUGUUACACGAUAGUGUAUCCGCUGAAAUACUCAAUGUUAUUUCAGACUGAGAAGAUGAAACCAAGAAAAAUACAUAUUCCCAUUACUUUAAUGCCACCUUAGUCCAUUAUCAUAAUUCAUAAACACAUCAGGUAUGCAAACCACACAUUACUUUUGAAAUUGAUCACUUAGAAAAUAAAGAUAAGCCUAAUGCUUUGUAUCUGUCUUGGAAUAAGCAUGGAGGCCUUGGAGAAAAUCCAUAGCCUAGUCUCAGAUCAUGUUUGUGCUGUCUUGUCAACCCCUAUGGUUCCGACUCACCAUUGGCGUUAACAAAAAACACAAACCGAUCUGGGACCAGGCUAGCGGAACCAUGCCUCAACAAUCAGAUUACAAUACAGCAGCACCACGUCUUCUGCCUUUGAUCCUGCCUAUGCUGUGGUGGACAGCCAAUGGACUUGAUGGUGGACAGCCAAUGGACUUGAUGGUGGACAGCCAAUGGACUUGAUGGUGGACAGCCAAUGGACUUGAUGGUGGACAGCCAACGGACUUGAUGGUGGACAGCCAACGGACUUGAUGGGUUGACCAUAGCUUCUAACAUCUUCUCUCUCCCACGUACCUUAUAAAGACCAAACUGAUUUAUGUGGAGAUAUAUGCCAUCUAUUGUACUGCUGUUCUUCAUAUCAUUGCUUUGUGUGGUUAUUGACUGGUUUUUACAUUUGUAGUGAUGGAAAAAAAAGCAUAUUUUUAGUAAGUGUCCUUCGCUUUGAUAUAGGUGACAUUCGUAAUUUGACAACUUUGUGAGGGAAAAAUAAAAAUAUGUUU